CAGGCGACAGUGAGCACCGUACAGCUUAGUCAACCCCAUAAACCGGGGGAGGAGUCCAUCAGAGUCUUCGAGCAAAUCCAGCAUGAACUCAAGAGAUCCCUUGUACGCAUCCGUCAUGAAUACAGAAAGCACGAACCAGAGUGCUUUGCUGCUGCAGAGCACCUGAGUGAUGCGCAGCUGACCGCUUUCGGGCCGGACGACCUCGAUGAAGUCCGCAUCGCCGUUUCAGCAUAUGGACUUCACGUCUUUGGCAAGGUGCGCAUUCCGGCUUUGCCCGACGAGGGCCCAGCAUAUGUUCACUUUCGAGCCUUCACUGGCGGCCCUGAUGACAGGGCGACCCUGCACAGCAUUCACACCGAAGAACGAGAAGGGGGUGAUGGAGGCCACGCAUACCGCGCAAUCUUCACAAAGGAUGAUAGCCUGGAUUGGUUCGACAGCUAA